GAUCAUGGCAAGGUUAGCUGCACAAGCAAAUUUCAAGUCGCUCUUCAAUGGCGAGGGAGCCCCAUCUCCCGGAUCCGGGUCGGACCCAAAAGUCCCAUAUAGCUGCAUGUUCACUCUCCCAUCAUUCAAACCCCAAAAGCGCAGGCUCACGUCAUUUGACUCCACCAGGCUUUACUCAUCCUCUUCUUCUUCUUCUUCUUCUUCUUCCAACAAGACCAGGCGCCACAAUGCCGAGGUUCGCUUGUUUUUCGGGGACGAGGUGGCUGUCCAUGGUGACAACAACGUUGGAGUUGGUGGAGGUGAUGAUCAUGAUGUUGAUAAUGAUGAGUUUGAGAGAGAUGAGCUGUCCUGUUUCAGAGGUCUCGUUUUGGAUAUCUCGUACAGGCCAAUUAAUGUGGUCUGCUGGAAACGUGCUAUUUGUUUGGAAUUCAUGGAUAAGGCGGAUGUUCUAGAAUACUAUGAUCAGACUGUUAGUUCCCCAAGUGGAUCCUUCUACAUACCGGCUGUUUUAAGGGUUCCCCAUCUACUGCAGGUUGUGAAGAGAAGAAGAAUUAAGUGCAAUCUUGGUCGUAAAAAUAUACUUUGUCGGGACAGUUUCACUUGUCAGUACUGCUCUUCACGCGAAAACUUGACUAUUGACCAUGUUAUACCAAUUGCAAGAGGUGGAGAAUGGAAGUGGGAUAAUCUGGUUACUGCCUGUGCAAAAUGCAACUCAAAGAAAGGGCAGAAGACAUUGGAGGAAGCAAGUAUGAAGCUGAUGAAAAUUCCCAAGGCUCCAAAAGACUUUGACAUAGUUGCCAUACCACUAACAAAUGCAGCAGUAAGAAUGCUAAGAAUGAGAAAAGGAACUCCAGAAGAGUGGCUCCAGUAUCUACCGAACCCUUCUUCAAUGCCAUAACAACAAUAGAUUGUUAUCAAAUGUACUUGCUCAUUCUUGGUGCUGAAGUCUCCUAAGAGCACUUCAACAUUCUAUUGAUAGCAUUGCCUAAUGGACAUUAUGUAUAGUAACUACAUGUCUGACUUUGUAUUAACAGCCAAUGUCAUUUUCGUGUAUAGUAACUUGUUGAUAAAGGAAUUAAAAGUUGUACAC